CCCUUGGUUUGUCUUCAAUUUGUUUCUUAAAGGGGUUGUGUUUUAUACUACCUUUUUAAUAAACAAACUGGUGAACAGAACAAGUCUUUGCUGAUUCGUUCUGAGAUAAUGUAUUUGUCUUUUUUCCCCUCGGUAGAAGAUACAGUAGCCUUUGGUGCACAGGGAUUUUUAUAAAAUACAUGUGUUAACAAGCCAGAGCUUUCCAGCCGGAUCCAGUAGACGUGUUGCUGGAACUGUAAGUGGGAUAUGGUAUCUGUUCCCCCUUUGUGGGUUUUGUCUUCUUCCUGGCUUGGUGUGUUAAUGGACCUGCACAGAUAUAAAAGAAGUAGAAGGGAUGAUUGCAAACACCAUAGUUAUAAAUGAGAUUGUGGGGUUUUUAUUUGUUAAAGACAAGUAGAAUUUCAAUUUGGAUUCUCAAAAAUAAAGAUUUUUUUUUUUUCAAUUUUGUUUUCUUCAAAGCUUUGACACUUCGCUUAAAAAGCACUGGAAAUCAGUUGCUCAAUUCCUGUACUGAAGAACAGGGAUUAUAAUCCCAUUUUACCCAGUAGUUCCUUGUAGGAGCUUUAAACUGAUUCCAUUUUAACAACCAGCCAAGUGCUUUAACUGCCAACCUGAGAGGGAAUUUUUGAAUGAGGUCUUGAAAAGCUUUAGCAGAAGAAAUCUCUGCUGUAUGAGCUAGUUUAGAAAAGGGGAUCAAAGAAGGAGUGAUGGAGAUGUUGAGGGCUCUUGUCCUGCUGAUGGACUGGAAUCCAGUGUGUCUCACAAUGAAAAUGUGUUUAUGCAAAGAGUGUGUCAAUAAAAGACUAAGCACCAUCACGGGAAUCUCAGCCUGGUAGUUAAGUUGGUCUGGGAGAUGGCAGAGGGCGGAUUCAUACGUAUUUAGGCAGAGGGAAUUGAAUUGUGCUCUCCUGCUUUCUGGAUGAGUAAACAAACUCCUAAACUGCUCUAUAAAACAUAUAAUGUCACCAGUUUGGUGACUCUAGUUCCCAAGGUGUUUUUUCCAGCUGAGACUGGCAAGUUUGACCCUGUUUCAGCAUUUCUGGAAUGACUGCAACUGGGUAAUUUUGGUAAACUUGCUAUUAAAAAACCUCCAAACUCUUAUUUCCUGCUAUAGCCCUUGAAGAACAAGAAUAUUUUUAUUUUCUGAAGCUUUCUGCAGUCAUUUAAACAGAUCCAGUGAAGAAGAGAGAGAAAAACAGUUAUCAAGUUUUUCUGGAUUGGAGGCAGGUCCUCCUUUCCUUCUUGUAGAUGUUGCCCACAUAAUACUGAAUAUGUCCUAGCCUGGCAUAGGAAAAACCUUUAUCAUCCUGGCUAAGUUUGGCUGUCUGCCAUAACUUCAUCAUCCUACUCUAAACUCUUCCAAAGUCCACAGUCCUCUUUAUUGUGUACACAUUGUCAUUAAAAAGAAAAAAAAAAAAAGAAAAAGAAAACAAACCAACAAACCCAAACCUACUUACAAUCCUAUUUUCCUCAUUCCUGAAACCUCCUAACCUGGUUGACUUGUUGGAGUGCAUUUCAUGCAUUCUUAGCAGAUAGGCUGAAGGAAACGCCUUGUUCGCGCGCAGCUGGAGGCUAAAAAGUGUGUGAGGAGUUCAUGAACGUGGCUUGUCUCCUGCUGCAGUCGCUGCAGAGCACACAGAGCCUGCCGGGCCCCGGGAAGGAUCCCAAACCUGCUGGACACACCAUGACCAUCCCGCACCCGAAACAUCUCCCUGGUGUGACACCGCUCCUGACAGUGAGUUAAGGUGAAGCAACGAGUUACUCUCAGAAGUCUUUUUGUUGUGGAGGUCUGUGCUGACAGUGAUCAAGGAGCGAUUGGUUUGUAAAAAUGGAAGAAACAAGGAAGCUCUCUCCAAAGCCAUGUAAAAGCAAAGAAGCUGUGAAAACAGAGUGGGGAUCUCAGAGUGUUGUGUUUACCUAUUUCCAAGGGGAUAUUAACAGCGUGGUAGAUGAACAUUUUUCCAGAGCUCUCAGCAAUGCCAAGAACCCACAAGACCUGAGCACAAAGCACAAGGGUGACAAUGUUGUUCUGAAGAAUGCAGACAGCAUGUCUCCCCAUCAGUGGAAUUUCUCAUCACAUUGCUACAAACCGUAUCCGUCAUCUUCCGCCACGAGCAUGUCAAAUUCCGGCCUGAAUUUUCCUGCUGCCGGUCUGGGAGGCCAAUACCAGCCACCAGCUCUGCGCAGUCACCCAACUCAACCCGCAGAUCUGUGGCCCUUCCCUUCCAUUGGGUCUCCCAGUGUCACCAAUUCCAUGUAUCACCCUGCCCUGCCCAACCUGCACGUGGUGGAUGAGCCCAUCUCUGACAGGAAAUACGGUUCUCUCCUUGGCCUCCUGCAACAGGAAAGGUGCCUGACAUCCAUGCAAGAAUGCACCGUGAAGCAACACUCGAGUUCUGCUUGUGUGACUGGACCUGCUAGGUUACAAAAUAUGAGUCAAAGUUCAGCUCCUGGGGGAGAGAGGAAAGGAAGCUCUUACCAAGAUUCAGAAAAUCCCAGCGUAAGCCAUGCCACUGCAGGUAUUCAGAUUCAUGACAGAAGACAAGACUUGUACUUUUAGCAAAUGGAUGUUUCUACUUUAUUCUGAAAGAGAAAGUUCUUUCUGUGAACUUUUAUUAUUUGCAACUGUGAAUCAAGAAGAAAUGAAUUGCAGCUAUCCUGUGCUUUUUCUCUCAGCUGGAAGAAUACAUGUACUAUUUACUAUUUGGGGAAUGAAAAAAUCAUCUUUUUCUAUACAGUAAAUAAUUUCUAAUAGCUGUGGUAUUAAACCUGACGGUAUGUUCGUUGUGAAGAAAUAUUGUCUACUUAAGGCUUUUCAUGUAGCCCUCUUGAAAGGACUCUUAGCAUUUUUUAAUCUUUCUGUGUUUAUUCAUUUGCCCUCUCUUGAUAAGAAGCACAAUUAUUAUCAAUGCAGUUGAUAACUGAUAAGUGCAGGGUUGCAGUUUGCAUAAAUUCGAUGCUGCAGCUUCUUAGCUUGACUUGAUACCUCCGGAUUGUUUAAAAUAGUCUUAGGUCCUGGGCAAGAGACUUCAAGACAACCACGGGUCAGCAAAGCACGUAAUCAUGUUUAUGUUUUGAAAGCACAGCAAUUUGUAACUGUACUUGCAAUUCCCAUGGAUAUUCUUUGGAAACUAUAUAAUAUGCUUAUGUCUGAAGGCUCUGGUUUGCCCUCUCAGUGUUGUAUAAUCAUCCUCUAGAAAGCAGUGAAUUCAUGCUGGCUCUGAGAGGCAACCUGGAUCCUCAUUGGGUGCAAUUAAAAUACCAUUGAGCAAAAAGCUGGAGGUAGGAAUGCUCUAUCUUCUCAGCCUCUCUGCAGGUGGAAAAGGUUCUUUUUCUAAAUAAACUCAGUGGAGUUGAAUUUUGAAUUACCAAGCAUGAAGGACUGGGCCAGCUGAAGAAACAGGAGUCAAACCCUUUGUGGUGGCUGCAUCCCCCAGACCUCAGAGCAGCUGAACAGAGAGUCUUGAUGCUCCUCUGUGCAGCACAAGUGGCAGAUUGAACUGUGCAUCAAGACUGAAACACACAUUCAGAUCCCCCCUUGCUUCAUCACUCACUCUUGACAAAUACAUUUGCAGAAGCUACUGUGAGUAAAACCUCCUGUCUCUAGUGUUUAGGUUUGUGUGUGUGAUCCCUGCAGUCAGAGACAUUGCUUAGCCUUUAUUGUAAAUCCUAAGAAUAAAAAAGAUUUGGGUUUGGUUUUCUCCUUCUCCAUUAGCUAUAUAUUAAUUUAAUAUAAAGGAGCAUGAUUAACUUUUUCAGACAGCUCUUUGCAGUUGCUCAAGGAAAUUUGACCUUUGAGAUCCUGGAACUUGUCAGUUUGCAGGACAAAUCCUGAGCUGGUAUAAGUGGUUGUGACUUAUAUCACAUGUCUCUGCUGCCACUUCUCCAGUUAUAACACCUUGUGUAAUUUUAUAAAUAAUUUUAGUUCAGCAACUUCAGGUGUUUAUGGAAGUGACUUAAAAGAAAAAUUUUUUAAAAUCUCAGCUUGUAUCUUGCAAGUUUGCUGUAGCAGAUACAUGCUCUAGACCAACCUGUGAUCACAUGCAAGAGGAACAGUUUUAACUAAACCAAUAAAAGAUAGAGCAACAUCCUGUCUCCCUAGAGAUGAGCACUGAAAAAAAAUUACUGGGUUUUAAUAUUUCUACAAAAUUACCUUUUUUCUGUUUUCAUUUUAUGAAUAGCUCUCCAAGUAGUUUUCUUUUUGUUAUCCCAAAUCACUUCCCUGAUUUUUAAGGCUGUGCGGUAAUAUAAUCUAUCUGACUUCCUCUAUGGGCUGAAGCCAAGAUUUCCAAGCUGUACUUUAUACGUCUGCCUUACUGGCAUGUGCUAUGAUUCCAUUUAACUUACUGCUUCAAAACAGUGAAAUAUUAUUUUUUUCUCCCUCUGCCAUCCCUUCUAAAUGAAAAUGCUUAAAUAAUUUCUCUCUGAGGUCUUAGAAGACAUAUAACAGUGUAUUUAAAUACUCUUAAAAUGUAGUGCUUCAUUGAACAGUUUGGCCCUGUGCAUGUUACAGCUGGGAAUAUUCAAGGUGACUUAUUAAUUCUGUGUUUCUGGUGAAUCAACCAAGUGGGGUUGGACAGUGUGGGGGAAAAAAACCAUUGUUUUAAAAUGCAUGUCCCUUAUUGCACACACACAAGGCAUCAGUGCUUCUGCCUUGACAGGGUGAUGCUGUGAGCCAUUGCUGCAAGGUUUGGCAGUACUGUGUCCUCACUGUCCAGCUGUCUGGCAGUCCUGGAAAAAGGGAACAAACGUCCAAGAAGCCCAAGGGUUCCUGGGCCCCUUGUCAGUGCAGGCUCCACACUGGGCACAUGUGUGCUUGCUCUCUGCCCUGGCUGCUAGAAGAAUGAUGACAUGGUGGAGGGCUGGGGGACAGAGGCUCUGCUGCUCCUGUGUUUUGUCUCACACCACCACAGCAAUGUGCUCCAGAGCGUGCUGGGCUUUGUUGGCAUCUCUCUGUUCUUCUGCAAUAAACACAGUUUUAACCCAUCAGCACAACUUGCUUUACGUUACUUAGUAUGAAUAGGGGUUUGAACAUUUCACAGCAGUUCCCUACAUUAGGUAGGCUUUUAUUUUUAUGUGUAUAUAAUAUAUAUAUAUUAAAAAAAACUCUAGAUACACACACGUGGUCCUCUAGAAUACUUUUGUCCAGAGUGGAGUGUUUCUUGCUUUUCAGCUGAGGCUGGUGCUGUGUUCCCACUGCUGUCAUGCUCCAGUGACCAUGCCUUCAUUCCCAUUCCAUCCAUGCGCUCUUUUGCUGGGAAGGACUUGGCAGCCAGCUCGCUGUAUUCAGCAGCUGCCAUCUGGUACUUCCCACAGUUAGUUUUGAUCCCUCCUCUGAAUGCAGCAGUCGUGGUGGUGAUGGGAGAAGGGAUGUGGGAUGUAUCCACUUCAACAGCUCCCGACUCCCCGAGUGCCAGCGCACCUCUGCAGAGACCGCCCAGAAGGACAGGCGGGGGCCGGGUGUUACAUCCCUGGAAGUGUUCAAAAAGCAUGAGGAGGUGGCUCUUGGGGAUGCAGUUUAGUGGUGAAUGUGGUGAUGCUGGAUUAAUGGUUGGACUUGAUGGUCUUGGGAGGUAUUUUCAAUCUUAAUGAUUCCACGAUUUUGUAGUAAUUUACUGACUUAGUGAUUUUUAGUAAUUUACUGAUUCAGUAAUUUACUGUGAGAAACCACUAUUUGCCUUCCUUUGGGCAUCCUCUAGUCCAGGAAUGACUUGUUUGCACAGAUGGCUUUUCUUCUAUCUUUUUCUGAUGGGCAGGUGAGACGCAAACUACAUGCUUUGUGGGCUCUGGUCAGAGAUUGAUGCAGAGAAAUACUCAGGCACUGGACGUGCCUGCCCUGUGAGGAGUCUGUGCCCUUUUUUAAUCAGCAGGAAGUGGUGUGCAUUUUUUCACCAUGCGUGUCCCAGGACACAGACACUUUGCAGGCGUCUUGCUCUGCCUCCUCACGAGGGCUGGCCCUGCUCCAGCUCCCCCUCUGAUGGUCAGAUAAACCCUGUGGGUGGCUGGGAGCAGCGAGCUGGUUUAGCUACUCCACCCCACUUUAGUCACUCAUUACUAGUGUUAAAAAUAGUCCCAGACUGCAGUGACAAACGAGAUAUUCUUUUGCUAUGAAAAAAAUACCUACAGGUUAUAUAAAUAAAUAAAUAAAUAAAGACAGGAAGGAUCAUCCCUUUCAGAGAGGGGAACACAAGCUGUUGUUGCUUUCAUUUUUGUUCAGGUGUCAAUUAAUUUGUCCCACCCCAGGUGAGCAAGGGACACUUCAUGUACCCACGUGGCAUGUAGCCUUUGGUAAACACUCACUCAUCACUGGAAUUUUUUACCAUCUUGUGGUUUUUAAUCCUCUUUCCUGGCAGGCUCUGCCAAGCAAGACAGUCCUGCUCCUGGGUAGAAGUGUUGUUGCACCACUUUGUUCUGUGAUCUGUUUUCCUGUACUGUCUGGUUUAAUACAUUGCAUGUUUUGGAUUCAAGGCCCUAUUCCACUUAACUGCUGAUCCACUGAGAGCUUGGUACUCCCCUGAGUUGUCAUAUAUCAUUAUUCUUGGAGGAUUUCAGCAGAAAACUGGUGCAAACUGGUGGUUUUGGUGCCUUGUUUGCUGGGAGAGGGAUGCUCCCUUGUUUCAGGGACAUCACAGGCUGUGUCAGAGGGCUGCGUGUCACUGCACUGACAAUAUCGCUGCACAAACAACACUGUGGUUGCAUCACACAGAUCAGAAUUUCUUUGCUGAGGGGAUGUAAAGGUGGCUGAGGGGUGGACAAUCAGCAGCUGGGCUGUGACACAGGGCCAAGGGCUCUCUGGGACAGCUCAGAGGAUGUUUUCAUGGCUGGAGCCAUAACGGAGCUGGCUGAGCCAAGCUGGCUGUGGCCGCCUCAGAUGUGGUAUUCCCCAAAACAAGGUCCAGCAGGAGACUGAGUUCUCUGUGAGCCACCAUGAACCUGGCUGAGCCCAGUGCCCCUGCUGCUGGUUCACCCUCCCCCUCAGCCUGCUUUCUAGGUGGGGAUUAAGUUGGGGGCUGCAAACCCCUUGGAAAGGUGGCUGCUUUGCCAACCGUCAUCCUCACCUCUGUACCCUCAUCUCCCCCCAUUGCCCCAGCCUGGACUUUGCAGAUUCUGGCUUUGUGUCUG